CAGUCUCGCAAUAAAACAGACGAUAGGCAAACGUGAUUAGAUAAAAAUGUCUCUGCUACCUUACAUCUUUGACUACGACGCGCCUCGAUGGCCGAGAAGACUUCUCGACCAAAAUUUCGGGCUCACGAUCACCCCGGAAGACCUUUUGAACGCAGCUACCAGCCCCGUGGUGCCGCGCAUCAGACCGUGGUGGCCGAAAGACGCCGGUUCCUCAAUCAAAGCUGACAAGGACAAGUGGCAGAUCAACGUGGACGUGCAGCACUUCGCUCCCGACGAGGUCACGGUCAAAAUCGCCGAUGGGUACAUCGUCAUCGAGGGUAAACACGAGGAGAAGCAGGAUGAGCACGGUUACAUUUCGCGGCAGUUCGUGAGGAGGUUCAAGCUGCCUGAUGACAGCAAUCCCGACGCGGUCGCAUCGAGGCUCUCUUCCGAUGGAGUCCUCACAGUGGUGGCUCCGAGACAAGCUGAGGCUUCAAAGAACGAGAGAGACGUUCCCAUAACACACACUGGACCGGUUCGGAAGGAGAUAACAGAAGAAACUUCGAGCAAGUGACAAAAAUACUGUGAUGGAUAAAAUUAAUUAAAAAUUACUGUGAUUCACUUGCGGACUAAAUAAUAAUAAUAAUGGUUGGUUCGAAGUAAGUGUCAGUUGAAUG